AUGACUUCGUCAUUUGCCGAGUCUUCGACUAGAGGUCGCCCCUCCGCCGAGGCCGACGGUCCCAACACCUCCUCCGCGAGCAGUCAAGGUCCCACGACACCCACCCACAGCAGCUCCUCCCUCGACGGCCCCGACCGUAAGGACAACCCCGGCGGCGUAAACGAGCAAUCACCCCUCCUCUCCCCCGAGCUGGACGGCAGCGAUGGGGGCAGUGAACGGCAUGGCUUUCUUGGGCGACACACCUCGGCCCCUGAGCCCGACGAGUUCCAGUCUACAAAGAGCCUGUGGUAUCUGCUUGUCUUGACCAUUAGCAUAGGUGGACUGCAAAUCGCGUGGUCGGUUGAGCUCUCCAACGGCUCUCCUUACCUGUUGUCCCUUGGCCUGAGCAAGUCGCUCAUGGCGCUGGUAUGGAUUGCUGGGCCGCUGUCCGGCACUCUGGUGCAGCCGUACGUGGGCAUGCUGAGCGACAACUGCAGGGUGUCGUGGGGAAAGCGGAAGCCUUUCAUGCUCGGCGGGGCUGCCGCCACAAUUGUUUCUCUGAUGAUCCUGUCCUGGACCAAAGACAUGGUCGUCGGUUUUUUGAGCCUCUUCGGGGCUGACCCGGCAUCUGAGGGCGUCAAGGUGACCACCAUAGUUUUUGCCGUGAUUUGGGUCUACAUCCUCGACUUCGCUAUCAACACAGUCCAAGCUGCAAUCAGGGCAUUCAUCGUCGACUGCUGCCCGGCUCAUCAGCAAGAGGCUGCCAACUCAAUGGCAAGUAGGCUGACUGGGGUCGGGAAUAUCAUUGGCUAUAUCGCUGGAUACGUCAACCUGCCCCAGAUCACAUGGUGGCUAGGAAAUACCCAGUUCAAGGACCUCUGUGCCAUAGCCAGUCUAGCCCUAGGAUCAACGGUGCUUAUGAGCUGUCUGCUCAUCAAAGAGAGGAACCCGCAGCUCGACGAGCCCAACGCGAGGAACCGCAAGCAGGCCGGUGUUUUCUCGUUCUUCAUCAGCCUUUUUGCGUCCAUGAAGAGGCUACCGCCGCAGAUCAAGAAGGUCUGUGUCGUACAAUUCUGCGCGUGGGUCGGCUUCUUUCCCAUGCUAUUCUACACGUCGUCCUACAUUGGUGAGAUAUAUGUCCAGCCGUUUCUCGAGGAAAACCCGAACAUGACGCCCGAGGAGAUCGACGAGCUAUAUGAGAAGGCAACAAGAGUCGGGACGUUUGCGCUAUUAAUUUUCUCAAUUACCAGCCUGCUCACAAAUGUCUUUUUGCCAUUCUUCAUCGCACCGACAUACGACAGCCAGCCCAUUGGAGAAGCGCCCGGCGAGGGCCCGGUCACCACUCUCCGGGAUCAUGGUCAAGAGAAGAAGUCAUGGACGGAUCGCUUGGUCAUACCUGGCUUGACGCUCCGUCGUGCUUGGCUGCUCUCUCAGCUGCUCUUCAUGGGCAGCAUGCUCUGCGCUGUCCUCGUCCGAACCGUGCCGGCAGCCACAGUGCUCGUUGGCUUGGUUGGAAUUACCUGGGCUCUGACGCUGUGGGCUCCAUGGGCAAUCAUCAGCGCAGAAAUCAGCCGGAGGGAUGCCCUUCUUCGCCAGAAAAGAAGAGCUUUCUCGCCACCAGAAGGCGCAGGCUCUUCCUCUAAUGCGGCCCCCGGAUUUGACGGGUAUACCUCCGAUCAAGAUCACAAACUAGACGGUUCCGAAGACGAAGCCGACCAGGCGGGCGUGAUCCUCGGCAUUCACAACAUGGCCAUCGCCGCCGCAGAUUAUCGCGACGGUCGGCUCGAGCCUUAUCUUCAAGAUAUUCCAGAAGCCUCGGGGGACGCCUGGCGACCACUCGAUCGCCAUCGUGAUGGCUAUAGGCGGCGUCGCGGUGGGCGCUUCGGCGUGGUUUAUCCACCUCAUUAA